GCCCAGGUCUCAGACAGCCUGGGUUUCAACCAGUCUUGGCUGAGCUUUCACAAAUGACUCAGCUGGAGCACCAGCAAGCUUGGGUGUGUGACAAUGCGGAAAUGCACAUGCAUAUCAUUUUGUGACCCAUAUUGCGAAAACUAGCAAAAGGAAGUAUGUUCUGCUGUUGCCCAAAGUCAGCCUCAGAGAGAAGUUCGAGUGUCCUCAGGGGCAGAACCUCCUGAACUGCUCUACUUCAAACCUGCUGGGCAAGAAAAAGACUUUCAGUGAAUUGUCCCAGCCCUGAGCAGCAAGGUUAGACCCUCGGAACUUGGCCAGCAGGGAGCAGGCAUCCACUCACCAUCCUCAGCACUGCCCCUGAAGUCUCUGGGCAUUUGGAAGCUCACCUCUCCCCAUCUUGCCCUACACCUGGCCAGGCCCUCCAUAGAGCUCGGAGACAGCUUUGAGGAUGGAAUCAGGAGAGGGGGCAUCAACAGCUCCAGCCCCUGUUGCCACCCUAGGAAGGCCAGACUCUGGGCCUGGCUGCUCCUCCCUGGAGCUGCCCAGCACAGACCCAGGGAAGCUCCAAGUGCUUCCCAUUGGGCCUGGAGUCCACCAUGAGGACCAUGCCACUAGGAACCCUGGUGGCCAGGCUGCUGUGGGGAAUAGCCUCCCAGACAGCACUAAGAUCCCUAACAGGGACAGCGGGUUUGACAGCCCAUCCUGCAGCAUUGCCAGUGAGCUCUUUCCCUGUGAUAAGGGCAAUGAGGCAGGCCUGGGCUCUACCAUCCUGGGGCUGUGCCCAGUGAUGGCACCAGACAGCAAGACUCCCCAGAAGGAGGCCAACAGUGAUGUGGACAGGGACAGCAGCGAGGAGCCUAAGCCAAAGAACAGCCCCCCAAGGGCCCAUGCGGACACAGCCAAGUGCCCUAAGCCGCAAGAGCUGCUUCACAUUGCCCAGGAACUUCUGCACACCGAGGUGACCUAUGUGAGGCGGCUGCACCUGCUAGACCAGGUUUUCUGCACCCAGCUGACAGAAGCAGGAAUCCCUCUGGAAGUCACCACAGGCAUCUUCUCUAACAUCUCUUCCAUCUAUCACUUCCACGGACAGUUCCUCCUGCCUGAGCUGCAGACAAGGAUCACAGAAGAAUGGGACAUGAAUCCUCGGUUUGGAGACAUCCUGCAGAAGCUGGCCCCCUUCCUCAAGAUGUAUGGUGAAUAUGUCAAAAACUUUGAUCGGGCUGUGGAGCUGGUGAGUGCCUGGACCCAGCGCUCACCACUGUUCAGAGACAUCGUCCACAGCAUCCAGAAGCAGGAGGUAUGCGGGAACCUGACACUGCAGCACCACAUGCUGGAGCCUGUGCAGAGGGUCCCCCGCUAUGAACUGCUGCUCAAGGACUAUGUGAAGCGUCUCCCAGCUGAUGCCCCAGACCGGAGGGAUGCAGAAAGGUCCUUGGAGCUCAUCUCCACUGCUGCUAACCACUCCAAUGCUGCCAUUCAGAAAAUGGAGAAAAUGCAUAAGCUCUUGGAAGUGUAUGAGCAACUGGGUGGGGAGGAGAACAUUGUCAACCCUGCCAAUGAGCUGAUCAAGGAGGGCCAUAUCCAGAAGCUAUCCGCCAAGAAUGGCACAGCCCAGGACCGCCACCUCUUCCUGUUCAACAGUAUGAUCCUUUACUGUAUGCCCAAACUGUGGCUCAUGGGCCAGAAGUUCAGCGUCCGGGAGAAGAUAGACAUUUCAGACCUUCAGGUGCAGGAUAUCAGCAAGCCACACUCAGCCCAUACAUUCAUCAUAACAGGAAGGAAAAGGUCCCUGGAGCUACAAACCCGGACAGAAGAGGAGAAGAAAGAAUGGAUUCAGGUCAUUGAGGCCACCAUUGAGAAGCACAAACAUAACAGCCAGACCUUCAAGGCCUUCAGCUGCUCCUUCAGCCAGGACGAGGACCCCUCCCUCUCUUCAGACCUACCUAUGGUGAGUGCCAGCUCUGAGGAACCUGCGAUGGCAGUGGACAGUAGAGGGAGUGCCACAGGGCUUGAGCCCAGAAAAGGGUCCUCUAAGACCAGGCGUGACAAGGAUAAACAGAGCUGCAGGAUCUGUGGUGAGACCUUCAACUCCAUCACGAAGAGGAGGCACCACUGCAAGUCAUGUGGGGUGGUCAUCUGUGGGAAAUGCUCCGAGUUCAAGGCAGAGAAUAGCAGGCAGAGUCGAGUUUGCCGAGAGUGUUUUCUGACACAGCCAGUGGUGACUGCAAGCCCCAGCCCUGAGGGGCCCACUGAACCCAAGGAGAGCAUGGAGGACGGUGGGCCACCAUAUACCAUUCCCUCUCUGGCUACACAGUGAAUGCACCGAACCUGGAACAGAGGUUAGGCGCUGGGCACAUUCGGCAGCUUCAGCAGGCCCAGCAGUCCUUGUGCUCAAGUAUCCCAUCCACCAAGCUGCAGCAGUGGUGGUUGGAGGCUCUGAGCACAAUCACCAUGGGGUUCUGCCCCGGGCUAGCUCAGGACUCCUGAAGCCUCAGGCCCCAACAGCCCUAUGAGCUGAGUCUUGGCCAGAUCUCUAGCUCUACAGCCAUCACAGCAGGGCCUGUGCUCAUCUGGGAGGUGGCUGUGGAGGCCACAUACAGAGGUACAGUGUGCCCCAACUGCCACAGGACACUUGGCCCUGCAAGGUGCCUCUGCUUCAAGAGAAGAAAACUGAGGCACAGAAAGGGGUGGUCACCUGUCCUGGGAUACCUAACGUGUCUCAGAGAAGAGCCCAGCCUCCACUCUCAGGUCCAGCAAUGUGGUUCAGAGAGGGAUACAGGGCAACUGUCAAGUGAACUCUGUCUGGUGGGGUGGGGAGGCUUUUGAAGGAAGAAGAAUAUCAUCUAUGGAUCAAUGGUGCCCAGGGACACCUGGUGGACAUCUGUAGUCGUGCCAUCUCUCCAGGCCACCGUCUGCCUGUCUACAUCAUUAACAGCAUGUGAGCUGAGCUGUGACCAGUCCCCAGACUCUACCUCCUCUUCUGCCUACUCCUGGCUACCAAGCAUCCCAUUGUCCCCACACUGCCUUCCCAUAUGCACAGGACAGGGCGAGUAGUGGUCCUGGGCCAACCAGGAGAGACAACCUCAUUGGGAAACUCAGUGGGAGGCCCCCAGUGUCACAUGGAUGCCUGAGAGUAAGGCUUGGAGGGCAGUGGGCAGUGCUUAUCUGUUUAAAUAAAUGCUGGCAGCCAUGA